GAGAGUUCAGUCAAAAUCAACAGCUAAGCCAAGCCAGCGAGCAGCAGCGUCUGCAGGGAAGGGGAAGGAGGCGGCAGCACGCAACUCCGAGCCAAAUCCAUUGCGCUUCCGUGCUCAUGGCCCCUCGCUGAGCGAAGAGGCGGCGGGAUUUUGGGGGCGCGAGGGAGUCCGAGAGAGGCGAGGAGGCCCCUUGACCGCGAGAGCUCCCUCCAUGGCGACCGGCAACCUGGCGAGCGUGGUGGUGGCGGUGGACGGCAGCGAGGAGAGCAUGAACGCGCUGCGGUGGGCGCUCGACAACCUCCGCCUCCGCCCCGACGGUGAGCUCGUCGUGCUCCAUGUCCAGCCGCCGCCCAACAUCGCCGCGGGGCUCAACCCGGCGCCCAUCCCCUUCGGCGGGCCCAGCGGGCUGGAGGUGCCGGCGUUCACGCAGGCCAUCGAGGCGCACCAGCGGCGUAUCACGCAGGCGAUCCUGGAGCACGCCCUCAAGAUUUGCUCCGCCAAAAAUGUCGAGGUCAAGACGGAGGUGAUCGUGGGUGAUCCCAAGGAGAAGAUCUGCGAGGCGACGGCCAACCGCAAUGCCGAUCUGCUAGUCAUGGGGUGCCGUGCCAUUGGGCCGCUUCAGAGGAUGUUCUUGGGCAGUGUUAGCAACUACUGCAUCAAUCAUGUGGGUUGCCCUGUUGUUGUGAUCAAGGGGACCUAAGCUACCCUUGAUUAAAAUUCUUUGGCGCACUUCAAUUCAAGUGUUUCGAGGCUGCUAUUGUGCCAUUUGUAAUCCUGUACAAUAUUGCACAUUUCUCAUUUGAAGGCCAGGGAUGAGGGUUCCUCUGUGGUCUCCGUGUUUGUAAAGGAAAAUGUGUAUUUGGUUGUGUAAUCCUGGAAAUAAGCCUGCCAUGUGGCACAUCACAUUGUUCUGUACAUUCUUGUAUGUUGGAGACAUACAUGGUGCUGCCUGAACUUUGAAACAAAAUUGCCAGAAUCCCUAGUUCUUGUC